GUCGUCCACGGUUAUCUCUCGUAGCACUGACGGCUAGAACUCGAAAAAUGGCAACGAGGUCGUACAAGGAUGCGAUUGACUGCUUAAACAGUCUGCAGUCUAAUCAAGCAACGAUCCAGGCUAAUUUGGCUUCGGGAGGCCGAAUCGAGAAAUUUGCCAUGCACGAUACGGAAGAGUACCUGAAGAGGAUCGGUUAUUUGCCCCAGGAUCUGAACAAGCUGAAUGUCUUACACGUUACCGGAACUAAAGGGAAAGGCUCUACAUGUGCAUUUAUUGACUCGAUACUUCGCCAUGCAAUGCCUCAAUGGACAAUCGGCCUUUAUACCUCACCUCACCUUGUUGCUGUUCGCGAACGCAUAAGAAUUAAUGGGAAGCCAAUCGCAGAAGACCUAUUCGCUAAAUACUUUUUUGAGGUCUGGGAUAGAUUAGAGAAGAACGACAUUAGAAAAUAUGAUGAAACGACUCCGAAACCCAUGUAUUUCAGGAUGGUAACACUCGUCGCGUUCCACGCAUUCAUGGAACUCAAAGUUGACGCGACUAUUCUGGAAGUCGGUGUUGGCGGAGCCUACGAUUGUACGAACAUCGUCCCGAAACCGGUUGUUACAGGCGUCUCCGCUCUUGGGAUUGACCAUGUCGCCGUUCUCGGAAAAACAAUAAAGGAGAUUGCGUGGCAGAAGGGUGGUAUAUAUAAAGAAGGAGUCCCUGCGUUCACAGUCAACCAGCCCGAAGACGGACUAGAGGUCUUAGAAAAGCAAGCUGGAGAUAGGAAAGCAUCAAGAUUUGCUAUCGUUCCGUUUACACCAGGGCUUUCAGAUAUCAAGCUCGGACUACCUGGUCUUCACCAGUAUCAGAACGCCAAUCUCGCAGUACAUCUUGCACAGGAGUUCCUCUGCCGAAAAGCGUCUGUAACAUCAUCCACGACGCUCUCCUCCGCACUCGUUCAAGGACUCGAGAAUGCACGAUGGCCUGGACGAUGUCAAACUGUAGAAGAUCCCUCAUAUAACGGAAUAACUUGGUUCCUUGACGGUGCUCACACGAAAGAUAGCCUUGAAUGCUGUGCUCAGUGGUUCUUCAGUCCAAGUACUGGUCUCAGGGGGCUAUCGAUGGUCCCUUAUCAUUUUGCUUUAUUCAGAACUACGCCUAGACGAGUCCUUGUUUUCAACUGCACGAAUGGUCGCAAUGGUUCUUCGUUCCUCUCCACAAUCCUCACGAAGGCUAAAGCACAGAUGCAGUUGCACGGUGAUAACACGGAUGUGGAAUACUUCUUUGACCACGUAGUAUUCACGUCAAACGUCACUUACGCCGAUGGAGGGUUUAAAGGAGGCAAUACAGAUUUGACGAGUCGUGUUGUUGCUGAGGAGACCGUAGACCCUCUCAAGACUCAACGUGAACUCGCGGAGGCAUGGGCGUCACUCCUGCCCAAUUUCCCCAACGCAAAUAUCCACGUAGAGAAAUCUAUCGAGAACACUGUCCAGCUCAUACGAAGCUUGCGAGAUCCAGGAAUUAAUGGUAUAAAUAAAGAACACAGGCCUGUCGAUGUCCUAGUGGCUGGCAGUUUGCAUCUCGUAGGGGGAGUAAUAGAGGUUUCUGGAUUGAGCGAGGUUGCUUUAUGA